ACUUAAGUGCGCACUUAACACUUAGUAAGUCCAUCAAACGCUCUACGAACAAACGCACACAAAUCCAGACAACGUGUGUCUAUUAAUACUUACAUGGACACUAGCUUGGUGUGUUAUUUAAACACUUUAUACUCUUUGAUUGAAAUUGUACAAUUACACUUUUCAACUGUAAAAAACGUGGAAAUUUUAAAAGUGCAGUGGUUCCUUUAAAAGGGAACAUCAGAAGCUGUUAUAAGAAUGAAAGUGAGAUUUAUAAUUGGUGUUUUAGGCUUGAUUAGUAUCCAUCUGCUGAGCACAGUACAAACUGCCUCAAAUCUCUGCCCCGCAAACAUGACGUAUCACAGAGACAGUCAUUCCUGUUUGAUACUUAUAAAAGAGAAGAAGUAUUAUGAACAUGCCAAAAAAGACUGUAGUACGAAGUUUCCUGGAGGUCAUCUGGUACAUAUAUUUAAUAUAGAAACUGACAAUUUUGUGAAAAGAAUGUUGCCCAAUGAAUUUGAGACUGCUUACAUCGGAUUAAGGGACCAAGUGAAUGGUGUUUACAAAUGGGACGAUGGAAUAAACGCCACGUACUUCGGAUGGUCAUAUGGUGCUCAGACGCCAUCCGGAUCCUUUAGUUAUGUCAUAAUAUCAACAAGUGGUUGGCAAGAAUCGGCAAAUAAUUACGUCAAGUAUUUCUGUCAGAUGUCAUCAGAGAGCAAGGCUAUAUUCUUUGUGAAUACAUCCUCUUUGAAUGAAGAGCUUGUGGAAGUCGAUGACCACACUAAGAAUCUGUUCUCGUGUCAAGUGUUCAGUAAUACAAGUCGUUACUUUGAGCUGCUCUUUGAAACUGAGGAUGGACAGACAGAGACACUAAAAACAUUGAAAGAUGUACAAAUAAGUCAUAAUAUGAUGUUACAAUGUAACAGUUCUGGUCGAUAUGUCUGUAGGAUAACAAACACUGGAACCAAGGAUGUAGUCCAACUGAAAGGAUACAUUAAAGUAAAAUGUAGAGCACUCUACUGUUCUGACCAGUCUUUAGUGUUUGUUGCCCCUACAGAGGGAGCUGACAUCAAUGUCACUUUGUGUGUUUACGUGUCUCCAAGAAUGGCAUCAAUGUUGUUACUGCAAGAGGACUUGCAGCCUGUAGACGUAACUAGAUACAACAUCAGCUUUACAUAUUCUAAUAACAUAACCACACGAGGAGAAAUACGCCUUUAUAUGUUUGACAUCAAGUUCGCAGAGUACGGAAAAUAUUUCAUUCAGAUGUCGUAUCCAGACCGACAGACUUCUAGCCUCUAUUUCAAUAUUAAAGGUCCACCCCCGUGUCCAGAGAAUAUGACUGCUGCAGUACUGGACAGCGACAUGGUUCAACUGGCCUGGUCACUGGAAGAUAAUCCUUCCUCAGAACUUAAGUUUGCCAUUUAUAGAGUGGAGAAAGGUGAUAGUGUUUAUCUUGCUACUCUUUCUUCGUCACGUGAUGGAGGGUACAGCUUCAACGUCUCAGAUUUACAAGUCAAUACAAUGCACCAGUUUUAUCUGAUAGUAAGCAGCGACCAUGGCAGUUCUACUUGUUCUAGGACGAAUGUAACGCUAUCAGACGAAGUAAAAGAACUAGACACUGAAGGAGCAAAUGAUGCACAAGAGAUUGGAUCUACCAAGAACAGUUACGUUGUACCAGUGGUAGUAGUGACUUUAGUGUUACUAAUUGCUGGUGUAUUGGUUGGAGUGUUUAUUGUGAGGCGAAGGAGAAAAAUCAAGUUUAAAUCAUUAACUACUAAAGACCAGAACAGAAGUGAAAACAAAGUUCUAUUUGAGAGGCAAAGUUCGACAACCUCACAUUACAUCAAUGUUGUUAUGAAUACAGCGGACAACCUCUCGUCUGGAACAGAACAAAUGUCUGAGAGUCAUUACAGCAAUGGGGUUGAGAAUAAAAUCCAACAAAAAGUGAAGAUGGUGAAGCCUCCGAGGAAGUCGACAUCAUCCCUCAAGAUAAAAGAGAAAGUCUCUGCCGCGAAUGAAAACGAGGCUAUAAAGGAAUCAGAAAGUUCCACAGCCUCUCAGGAAGACAAGACGAUGUCGAGAUUAUGUGCAGAAACUGAUGACGUAAAUAUCUAUAUCAAUGCACCCUCAAAAUCUGAGAGAAAUGUUAUCAAGCAGAUAGAUAUAACAGUGAAACCUGACAACCCACCUUUCAACCAGCCUGACAACUCUCCUGCCAACCAGCCUGCCAACUCUCCUGGCAACCAGCCUGCCAACUCUCCUGGCAACCAGCCUGCCAACUCUCCUGGCAACGACCAUUGUGACAUUCCAGACAACACUGAAAUUUUGCGUCAUGAAGUUGACACCCAUAUUAGCUCCAACGAAAAACCUGUCAACACCAAUGAACGGCCUAUUAGCUCCAGUGAAAGACCUAUUAGCUCCAAUGAAAGACCUAUUAGCUCCAAUGAAAGACCUAUUAGCUCCAAUGAAAAAACUAUUAGCUCCAUUAAGAGACCUAUCAACAGUUCCAAUGACGACUCUCGCACUAUCAGCCCCGAUGGUCUCAUUUACGUCAGCGUUGAAGCUAAUCCCUCAUCUCGUAAAUUCUCGUCAAAAGUGAAGUCUGCCGACGAGAAGACGGAGCUAACGUCGAAUCAAGACAUUUGUGUGCAUGAUAAGACUACACUCCUGAACAAUGAACAAAUCAUGGGAGGGGAUUUAGUAGACUCGGAAAACACAGUGGAGUACUCUACUAUUGACUUUGUACAGAAAACAUUAAAAUAAUGACAUUCUGCUAAUGCAAAAUGUAAAAGAAAAAAUCCCUUUCAGACCUUGCGAUCGACGGGGGCAGAUGAUGUAAAGCUUAUCUGUUUCUAUGGCCGACGGUCAACAAGAGUGUUAAAGAUCAACCUCCUUUAUAAAAUCAUCAGUGAAAGCGUUUAAAACGAAACCUGGCAACAGGGAUGGCCUGACAUAAUUGGAGGCUCUAGUUGAAGUGAAUUCGGUGGCCCCAAAAUAAAUAGGAGAAUCGACACAAGACUCUUCAAAAUAAUAAGACACUUUCAGGUUUUACUCUAGAAAUACUUUAAUAUUAUAACAAGUUACGUAAACAUCAGCAUUUCAUCUCUCUUCCUCUCAAAAUCUCCUUCCGGCUUCCUGUUUUUAACAUCCCUUUCAUUCAAUACCCAAAAAGAAUACAAAAUUAAACAGCGAAAAAUCAACUGUAUCGAUUGAUUUAAAACCUAACGAUAACAUUGGGCCCAAGUUUUUCUAUUUCAUCUCUAAAAGUCCUGUGCAAGGCCCCCCAACAAUCGGAGGAUGCGUAGUUUGUCUAUGCCUAAGGCUGGUCGUGAUGACUGGCUCCUCUACUGCCAAGCGUAAGGUAUCUUAACCUGCGAUAUAUGUGGACGGGAGUGUCUAUCUUAACCGAGCCUACCUUAUCACCGAACUAAUUGUUUUACGAGAUGAAGCAUAGUCGUUAACUCUUUCUCUCCGUAAUUAUUUACCACAUUCUGGUGGAAUCAACGUUGGUAUCGUCAGUUAGGAGAGAAAGAGUUAAGAUUGGAGUGGUCAAGAAAAAGAUCAAUCACUUAACCUACCCUAGUUAGUGUCAGGUACCCACAAAGGCGUCUUAAAAAUCCCCGAAACUCCUAAUCCCAGUCUUUAUCGAAAUCAAAACCUCGAGAUCCAUCGGUUCAGAAGCCCAGUGUUUUACCACUCAGCCAUAACGCCCCUUGAUGCACUAUAAUUAAAAAAAAAACUGGACAUCAAAACUUUAUUAAAAAAUAUUAUUUAUAUCACGCGCUUUAAAAAAAAUCACUCUUUCUUUUAUAUCUUUUAGGUCUUUGGAAUUUCUAAAAUAAUCAUUUCAUACAAAAUAAUCAUUCCUAACAAAAUAAUCAUUUCUAACUAAAAAAUCAUUUCUUGCAUUAUACCAAAAAUUGAAACUGACAUGCAACUCUGUAGUUGAACUUUUGGUCCUUUGGUCCAAAUGAAAUUAACUGGAAAAAAAAAAGGUGCGUCAUCGUUGUGCUGGUCACAUGACGUCCUCGUUAAGAAACUGUCAUUAAAACAGAGGAGCUUUACUUCAUCUGUCCCCAUAUGUGACGACGUUUGACAUUGUAAACGCAAAGCUGAACAUAAGACCAGGAUGGCUGUCUGGUCGUGCGGUUUGCGCGCUGGACUGUCGUUCGGAUUUAUCGACGGUCGAGGGUUCAAACCCUGCCCGCUCCCAUCCCCCGUCGUCCUGCGGGAGGUUUGGACUAGGAAGUAAACUAUCUCCAACUCUGAAGGAACAUCCGAAACAUUUUACAAACAAACAAAACAUAAAGUGGAAUAAGAGAAACUAAAUUUAUUUACAGCAUUUAGUUUAGCUAUUAACUGCAUUAUUUAUUUAUUCCAUUUUUAUGUAAAUAAUGGUAUACAUACAUUUCACUUCAUUACUCAUUAUGUUAAUGUACAAUAUGUCAUUGGUUAUGUGCA